UGAUGCAACCUGUCUGAACGUGGUGGAUCAAUUCAUCAGUCCAGGAAGCCUCUGGACUGUAUUUUACUCUACAACUCAUCGCUCAUGACACAUAUCGCCGCUAUUGUGGGAUUGGGAAUGUAUGGUUAUUAUCUACCGCUGUGCACACUGCUGCCAUCCAUUGCCACCUGCUAUGCCAUGCAUACAAGAGGACUUAACAUUAGCUCGCUCCUUCUUGCCAGGUGAAAGAGACUUGCCAGGAACUCAGUCCAUGGUUCUUAGCAGCAGAACCAUUGCACUGAGAGCAUUUCAUUCUUGUCACAUCUAAAGCAUGGUGCUUUCUUAUUUCUCUUAGAAAAUACAAGGAGGUGGUGCAGUGAGUAAGAAAUCACAGGGAUUUUUGCCUUCACACACACUCCCCUGGAAAGAGCUUUGCAUUUGGCAGGGCGGCUGAGCACAGCUCAGAGCUGGGGCUCAGGAGUCAGGUUUGCUGAUAUAAGAGCAGCUGCUUCGGAUGCUCAUAACCUCAGGAUCACAGUGCACUUACCCAGUGCCACCUCCUCUUAGUGUACUUUGAACACUGCCCCUGCUGGAUCACUGCGUCCAAGACAAGCGAGCAGGAUGGAAAAAUGCACACAAGCUCCGGGUCUAUGCUGUGGGGAACAUGAUGGCACUGGCACCAGAUAAAAUAGGAGGAUGCAGGUCGUCCAGAAGGUGACGAGUGCUCUGCCACACCUUGGGACCCGAUGGAAGCUCUCUGGAAUGAAUGAAGCAAAUGGACAAUGACUGGAGAUGAGGGCUAAGGAGAUAAUAACUUGGCAAGGGACUCACCGCGGUGAGGCUAUGGAGCUAUGUGGUUGCCCCUUUAACACCAGUAUGGAUGUAUCUGACAACAACAGUGAAAAUGCCAACGGUACUGUUUUCCCUUCCUUUGGACCUUACGGGGAAGGGCAAUAUUCAGUUACUGCCGUUUGGGGCUUGGCAGCUAUUGUCGGCUUUCUCAUUAUAUUCACCAUCGUGGGGAAUGUCUUUGUAGUUAUUGCUGUGUUGACUAGUAGGGCUCUGAAAGCCCCCCAGAACCUUUUCUUGGUGUCGUUGGCAGGUGCAGACAUCCUGGUGGCUGCCUUGGUCAUGCCCUUCUCUCUGGCUAAUGAGCUGAUGGGUUACUGGUACUUUGGGGACAUCUGGUGUGAUAUCUACCUGGCUUUGGAUGUGCUCUUCUGCACCUCAUCCAUAGUGCACCUCUGUGCUAUCAGCUUGGACAGAUAUUGGUCUGUCACCCAGGCUGUAGAGUACAACCUCAAGAGGACCCCCAGGAGGAUCAAAGGGAUUAUUGUAACUGUUUGGCUGAUAUCUGCUGUCAUCUCCUUCCCACCUCUGAUCUCCAUGGACAGAGUCGGAGGGGAAGCCAUGAGAAAUGCCAACUCCACAGAUAGAGAUGAGAAGUGUGAGCUGAAUGACGAGACUUGGUACAUUCUCUCUUCCUCCAUAGGGUCCUUCUUUGCGCCCUGCGUAAUCAUGAUCCUGGUCUACAUUCGGAUCUACCAGGUGGCCAAGCUGAGGACCAGGACAUUGUCCGAGAAGAAGCCAGUAUCUGAGUGCCCAUCCAAUAUAGAGAAUGGCUAUAGCAAGGGGACUUCUAGCAAAUACCCCGUGGAUAAGGAGAAUGGACAUUGUUCAUCCCGUCCCACCCCACCAAAAACCACCGAAGUAGACGAGUUGGACCUGGAGGAGAGCAGCAUGUCUGAGAGCAAGAGGAGGAAAAGCAGCAGCCGAGAGGACAAUACUGACUCCAGCAAGGACAGGAGGAGCUUCUCCAAGCAGUCCAGCCGCCUGUCAAGGACCAGCAACAAGUCCAUAGACGUGUUCUCAUCCAGGAAGAAAAAGAGGAGCAGUAUCUCCAGGAGGAAGAUCACGCAAGCCAGGGAGAAGAGGUUUACCUUUGUCCUGGCCGUGGUCAUGGGGGUGUUUGUGGUCUGCUGGUUCCCUUUCUUCUUCAGCUACAGCCUGUAUGGGAUCUGCAGGGAAUCCUGUGCCAUCCCUGAAACUUUAUUCAAGUUUUUCUUCUGGAUAGGCUACUGCAACAGUUCCCUCAACCCUGUCAUCUACACUAUCUUCAACCAGGAUUUCAGGCGCUCCUUCAAAAAAAUUAUCUGCUUAAGUCAGAGAAAGAGAUGAAUGCACUGAGAUACUUGCAGUAUUGACAGAGCACUGCCUUAGGGGUGCUGAGGGGAGGUAGGGACUGAUGGAGCUAGGCAGCGCUCAUCCUCCGUGGCCAAAGUGAUGUAACAGUAUAUGACAAUGUGAAUGUACAGGCAGGAUGCCUCAUAGCACUGAGCCCUGGGACACAUCGAUGAUGAGGAGUAUUAGAAAUGUCUGUGACGAUUUUUUUCUACCUUAUAAGCAAAGGGCAGGCAACCAGAAAGGAAGAGGUAUCUCUAUUAUUAGCUAUCCACCAGGUACACGUGUUUCUCCUUUUUAUUUGCUGUCUUUUGUAGGCAGGUUCUGCUAAAGUAUAUUUUACAUUUGUUCUGAAACAAAUAUAUUUCAUAAUAAAAGGCGAUGUUCUGUC